CUAAAAACAGGAUGCUGAGAUGCCGAUCGUUCCUAAGUCUAAGACUACAGCGGCGCACCUUCUGCGCCGGCAGAAUCAGGACGAAUGCCGUUGGUAACUGGUCGCUCCAGAUGCCGGGGUUCAAUCAGCCCCUGAACACCUUUCCCGAUCCAAAUGUGCUUUCCGGGUAUUAUUCGGGAUUCCCGAAUGCCCUGGACCCGGAACAUCUUGAACCUGGUUAUCUCAAUAAGCUUCUGACCAAGCGGGAGAUUAACAUGAUGCGAAUCAUGAAUAUCAUUACUGAUAAACCUGAGUGGGAACGUAAGGUCUUUGAUGAGCAUAUCAUUGCUAAAUGGAGCGAAGAGGUUGCGAAAAGUGGACAGGAUGCGUCUCCCAAGAUGAUGGAUUGGAUCGUCAAGGAGUUACAGUGGAAGGCGGGGAUUUUGCAGCAGUCGGGGUUUGUGGAAGUUUUUGAUGCCGGAGUCGUCAAGUCUGAUACCGCCGUCUCGAAGGAGUUACAGCGUGCGCUGAAAGAAGCGGUCCUUCCGUUUGAAAAUGUGCCCAAGGAGGAGAAGGAUUACCAUCCUGGGUCGGAUGACAAGGUGGUUGAUCUUGUGCACCCGUCACUUUUCCCAGUGAUUUAUGGGCGCACGUACGUUCUUCCUGACCGGACGAUUGGUCUCGACGAUUGUAUCGACAGCAUGGGAGAAGGGGAAUGGCUUGAACGCCCGAAGGAAGCUGAGGCUACUCCAGAGGCCGUCUAUCCUUAUUAUAUUCCUCAACGGCUGCACCCAGCCGUCCUGAGUACCAAGUUCCAGUGGCUGCCCUGUGACGUGAAGCUCAUCGAUGAUGGCAGGUGUCAGAUUCUGUCAUAUAUCAAUAACGCCCACCCCGUCAAACACCGCGCACUCUAUGAGGUGGUGGAAAAGAUUCUCGCACAGACAGUACCCCUCUGGGAACAAUCAUUGAGCGAGAAAGAAUUCUUCAACGAACGAAUCAAAUUCACUAAAGUUGAGUACGAGGACGAUGGCACGGAUGAGCCGAAAUAUCCCGAGGGGCAUGAAGAGACUGAUUCUGAGGAGUACUACCGUUUAUAUGAUGAGUAUGAGGAUCGCAUGGUUGCUUGGUAUAAAGCUCGGAAAAUCAUCCAGCCUGAACCGGGAGAGUUCAAGCCCAGAGAAUCUAAGGAAAAGGCCAACUUUUUGAAACACUUCCCCGAGGGCAAGAUACAGGUUAUCGUGAAGCUGGCGAAUAUCGAGUUGACUCCCGAAAAGCCCGACUAUGAAGGCGGAUCCUGGCAUAUUGAGGGGCAAUUAAACGAACGUAUUGCCGCCUCUGCAAUUUACUACUACGAUUCCGAGAAUAUCACCCCCAGCUCACUCGCAUUCCGCCACCGAGGAAUGGACGAUAUGAUGGACAUCUCCUACGAGCAAAGUCAACAUGAGUUCUUGCAACAGAUUUACGGCUUCCAUGAAGACUUCCGAAACCACAACAUCGAGUUGAUCACGCAAGAACUGGGCAGCGUCGUCUCCAAAGAAGGCCGCAUUAUCACAUUCCCCAAUACACUACAGCACCAGGUUUCUCCCUUCUCCCUAGCUGAUCCAUCUAAACCCGGUCACAGGAAGAUUCUUGCACUUUUCCUCGUGGAUCCGCACUUGCGGAUCAUUUCGUCUGCAAAUGUACCGCCGCAGCGCGAGGAUUGGAGACCGGAGACGCAGAAGCAUGGUGAAGGUGCACAACAGGUGCUCGACGGGGAAGCCGUGAACUCGAUUACCAUGGAAGAAGCGAAAGCUUAUCGAGUUGAGCUUAUGGCAGAGCGAGGCCUCCAAUCUCAGAAGAAUAAUGAUGCAUUCCAGACGGGCGAAUUCUGUCUUUGCGAGCAUUAGGUUGGGAUUGUCAUUCAGGAGAGGUCCAUUUCCUAUUCACCAAAAACAACUCUCUAUAAUUUAGAUAAUGUACAGCAUCAUCCACUUCCCGCAAUCAGCCAGAUUUCGAUUUAAUCUGUUUCCCAAACUUGGCCUCCACCCCCCGGAUUAAUUUAUCCUCCAUCAACUUUUGUAUAAUCGGCUGCGCAUUAUGUUCCUCAAAUGCCCGUUUGCCCGUGUAGUGCUCGAAGAAAUAGAAUAUACGGGGCUGCUCACUGUCCCGUGUAAGACAGUAGUAUAUCACGCCCGGUUCGAAUUGCGCGAGACGCGUUGUCUCGGCGUAGACUGCUUCUAGGGCGUCGGCGUGUUCGGGGUAUGCAUGGACUGUCCCGUAAACGCAGAAUUCGGUUUCUGGGAGAGGAGGGAGAUCGGCGAGGAAAGAUUCAGAUUCUGAGUUGGACAUUUUGGAUGUUGGUAUAGUGGUUGCUCGUUCCAGGAUGUUGGAGUGUAAUUUUGGGUUUUGAAUAUAGAGAGCUUCACAGGGCGGAGGGUGUUUGAUGAAUCGGUAGGGAGAGUAUAUUGGGUUGAUUUAUCGGAUUGAUUAGCGUGCAAUUGAAGAGUAUUCGAAUGCCUUUUAACUCCCGUUACAUGAACUAUGCUCAAUUACGUGUUGCCCCGCACU